AAAGGAAAAGUUAAAAACCUUGCAGAAUUAAUAGACCGACUUAUAAGUUUUCCAUUCCAACCCAAACGACUUUCCUAACUUUAUUAUUAGACUUCAAAUUUACACGAAAAUCGAGGAAAUUAAAAACUGUGGAAAAUAUUAUAAAAGUACAAAAAAGCCCCGAUAUCCACACCAACCAAACCCUAAACGCGCCUCCCAAAACAAACGUUCCGCUUUUCCCUCUUCUUCUUCCCUCUCUCCUGUUUCUACGGUUUUUUCUUUUUUGUUUUUCCCUGCUUCUCUUCUUCAAUCUACUAUUUUUUCCCGAUUAAUUAUUAUUUGUGUGAAUCUCUUAAUUUUUUUGAAAACCAACCGUCCGAUCUGUCGUAGAUCCAGAUCUGAGGCGAGUAUUUCAAAAUAUACCCCCCACGCGCCGAGAUCUGAGGUAAAAAAAACCAUGGUGGUGAACGGAAGACCCACCAAGAGGCUGGUUAAGAGGCGAGUCACUGCUGAUCUCAGUGACUUCCUCACGUUCCCCACCGCCGGCGACUUAGCCUCGCCUGCGGCCUCCAAGCCGUUCAGGACAACCGUCAGGGCGUUUCUCACGAAGCACGCGCUCCUGCCGCCUCCUUCAUCGCUCUUCCCGCAUCUUCUUACUUGGCAGAUCCUCUUCCGCGUCGGAGACCUCGCCGGAGACGACGGCGGUCCCGCCGUCGUUUGUCUCGACGUCGUGGAGGAGGACGUCGCUAGAUCUAGAUCCGUUUAUUGCGACCAGUGCCGUGUCGUUGGAUGGAGUAGUAAUCCCGUUUGUGCGAAGAGAUACCAUUUCAUAAUAAAGGCAGAUGGCAAUUCUAUCGCUGGUUACAAUAAAACUUGUGCCGGCUGUGGUGAUCCCCUUCACAUGACUGAUUCCAGGUGCAAGUCAUGCAACCAUGUGAUGACUACGGAAGAUGUUGAGGACUGGAUGUAUCAACAGCUUGAGAAUACUACCCAUCUGUUACAUGGCGUGAUUCAUGCCAAUGGGCAUGGGCAUCUUCUCAGGGUCAAUGGCAGAGAAGGUGGAUCCAGUUUACUGUCUGGACGACAUAUAAUGAAUUUUUGGGAUCGGCUUUGCAGAAUGCUGGGAGUCAGGAAGGUCAGUGUGAUGGAUGUCUCGAAAAAGAAUGGACUGGAUUUCCGAUUGCUUCAUGCUGUUGUCAAAGGCCACCCAUGGUACGGAGAUUGGGGCUAUCAGUUUGGUGCUGGUAGUUUCUGUUUGACCCUCGAUGAUUACAAGAUGGCUGUUGGAAACCUCGCCUCUUUGCCCUUGUCUUUGUUUCAAUCUCAAGGAAGGAAGCCCCGAACACGCCUGCAGGAUUUGAUUUCGUUUUAUCAAUCCAUAUCAGAGCGCGAGCUUGUAAACCUUAGAGAUCUAUUCUGUUUCUUGAUGUGUUUGAUUCACGAUGGCAGCCAGUCGCCUCUUAAGUCUGACGAAUCUCCUCGCAAGAAAAUCAGAACCAAUGAUUCUAGAACCUUGUGUUCUUGGACUAUAGAUGACAUAAAACGCGUUGAAGGUGCCAUGUUCAAGGUUUUGCGCGCUGUUAGUGGGUCCACCUGGGUGAGUUGGCGUGCCCUUAGAGGUGCUGUUUGCAGAGUAGGUACUCCAGAGCUUUUGGAUUACUGCCUUAAAGAACUCAAGGGUAAACAGGCAGCUCCAGGGAUGGUUGUAUGUGCUCGAUGCGCUUCUGAUUCGGGCGCCAUGGAGUACAGACUCGAGCUAGGAAGUGCAACCACGCAGAGCAAUAACUAUUUGAACAAUUUCCCCUUAGCAAUCUACCCAUCAGAAGAACGUCUUUUGCGGGAUCUUAAAUAUUUUUACGAUUGCAUGCUUCGUCCAGAGACAUUGGUGUUUCAUGUGGCUCCAGCGAAAAGGAAUCUUGCAGUUAGCUCUGCUAUGCAAAUUCUUGAUUGCAAGCAGUUUGUGAAAGACUACCACCCAGGACAUUUUCUCUCCGUCCCGAAGGAAAACGCAGUGCAGGUUCUAUGUGAAAUUGACCUGUUGGAACAUCACCCAGAUGAACACAGCCAUAAUCCGCCGCCAGAGUUACUGGUACUCUCCCCUGAUGCCACCAUAGCUGACUUAAAGCAGGAAGCAAUGAGGGCCUUCCAAGAUGUCUACUUGAUGUUCAGAAGGUUCCAAGUUGACGAGAUAGUUGGGUAUGGUGGUGUCGAUGAAUCAACACAAAUAAAGCUCUUGUUAGGGUCGAUGGAAUUUGUAAGAAUCAGGGGACAGUUUCUUGGAAAAAAUGGUUUGAGUAGGUAUAGAAUGGAAAGGGGAAACGAGAGAUGGAUUGUGGAUUGUCUUUGUGGUGCAAAAGAUGAUGAUGGUGAGAGAAUGCUGGCGUGUGAUGUGUGUAGUAUAUGGCAGCACACUAGGUGUUGUGGUAUUCCGGAUUCAGAAGGUGUUCCUGCUAGGUUUUUUUGCCAAAGAUGCAGACCGACGACGAAGAUGAAUGGACAAUGCAGAGACGAGGUGUUGGAUAACAUUGGUGAUGAUGCUUUGGGCUGGAGUAUUUGCUUAUCGAAUACUGGGGUGUUGUGAUUUUGUAAAUGAUUUUUUAUUUAUUAAAUUUUAAUUUGUGUAGGCAAGGUUUCUGGUAAGUUAUGUAUAUAUAAACAGUGCCUUGUAAACAACUUCCAGUGGAUGUUUUGGCGUUUCCCAAGUGGCAAUCACCGGUUGUGUAUAUAAUUUGUAUAUCUUCUC